AUGUUCUUCCAACGAAGUGUUCAGAAGAGGAAAAUGAAGAAAUGCGAUAAGCAAGACAGCCACACUUUUUCAGAAGGUCAUAUCAAGCAAGUGAAACCUAAAUUGGCAAACCCGAAAAGCCAAGACUUCACAAAUUUCGACAUCUAUCUCCAGCUGCAGACAUCCCAACAGAUUUUCCAUCAGAAAUAUUCAAAUUUCAAUAUAAACGAAGGCGAUGCUGGAGUCAUUAGAAUUCAUCAAAAGUUGUAUAAAUGCGCAACACCAUUCGAUAUCAAUUUAUCCCUUCAACUGGGAUUUCGGAAUGCCAUCGAUUUUGCAAACCAGUUUUCUUCGUUCCGCACUCUAACCGGAAAUAAUAAGAAGCUAGUGAUUUCAGAAUAUGGAUUGGGAUCUUUAUUAAUGGAUCAGGUAUUCAAAAGUGCUUACACCACAAAUGAUAAUUUUUGGAUCCUUCAAAAUGAGAGCGUUUUACAUCCAAAUGUGGUAAUUAAGUCAAAUCAAGCCGAAAAAGAUAAUGGUUCAGAUAGAAGUCAUUUUGAAUUUGUCAAUUAUCUGCUGCAAAGCCUGAAAAAGCCAUUCAAAGACCUGAAAAUCGAUAAUCAGGAGUGCAUGCUUCUGAAAAUCUUGCUACUUUUCACUCCAUCGUAUCUCAAAAGAGUGAAAAUCGAAGAUACGGAUAAUUUGAUACCGAGAUGUAUGAUGCAUCUCAUGAACCAUUCAAUGAACAAAUCCCCGGACGAUGGAAUCGUUCGAUAUGGAGAGAUUGUUCUGUUACUUGGUUCGAUUCGAAGUGUAGUGAAAGCAUACUACAAUCAAACUAGAAACUCUGUGCUUUUUAAUAUUUCCAACUUUGAUUCCUUCAUCAAAAACUGUCUUGUUUCCUGA